UCACUUUACUCUUCAGGGUCGAAGCAAAUCUUCAAAAACCCAAUUCUUAACUGUUACUUCCUCCGUUUAUUAAGACAUUUAGAAUGACAGAAAAUAUGGUUGAGUGUCCACUUGAGAGGACUAGCUUAGCCUCUCUUGAUCAGAAGCUAGCCAUGGCAAAGCGCUGCUCUCAUGAGGGCGUUGUUGCAGGAGCUAAGGCAGCCAUUGUUGCCAGCAUUGCUGCUGCUGUACCUACUUUGACUAGUGUGAGGAUGCUGCCAUGGGCAAGAGCCCAUCUUAAUCAUACUGCUCAAGCUCUAAUUAUCUCCACAGUGGCUGGAGCAACAUAUUUCAUUGUGGCAGACAAGACAGUUUUGGCCUCUGCAAGGAGGAACUCCUUCAGGCACCUCGGUUAGCACUGAAACUGAAGUCUGAAAGCAUAAAGCACUACAAUAUGGACUUAUUUUAACUUAAUUCGGCUGUAGUCCAUUCCUACCUCAGAAGCAAUUUAGUUUCUAAACCCAUGAUCUAUGUUUGUAUAAAUAAAGAUGGUUACUUUUUCAUUUCUAAGAGCAUUGGAGCAAUUUGUACCUGCAAAAUCAGCUUAUUUGAAUGAAAAAUAUCGCUGUGAUGACUUAAUGCA